AUGAAUGACAACGAUGAGUAGUUGGAAAUAGGAUAAGAAUACAAUGAGUUGAGCAGAGUAGAUGAAGGAGAACUAUUAGAUAGCGACCGAGGAUCUAGAGGGUUGCGACUUAAUAUGGACUAAAUUAACGAAUAUAACAAUGAACUGUUUAUACUACCAGGUUAAAUUUUAAGCCCUAAAACAUACGAAUAAAGCAUAUUUUAAAAAACAAACACAAAUCAUUAAUUAAAUUUGACACAAUACUAAAGUGCACAUUCACGAAUGAACAGCACCACCAGCCAGUAGUAAUUACUAAAUAAUAAGUUUACUUACAACAAUAUCGAUCUAUUAGACAAUACUUCAAGCAAGAUAAAUGAGGACGACAGAAGUGACUAGUUUGUCUUUGACGACUAUUAAAUGCAGGAACAUCGCUCCAUCGAUAUUUCCUACUUUGACGAUUUGGUGACUGAUUCCAAGAGGAAAAUGUUCAAUCCAUCAAAUAAGCCAGGAUUGAUUGAAUUAUCCGAGAUAUCUUUCGUUAGAAGCAAAAAAAAAGGAAGAAGUGCGAUCACCCAUGCAGGAACUGCUAUUUCUACUGAUAACUAAGACGAGGACCAAAGCACUUCGAAUAAAAAUUCAUCCAUCUUUAAAUCAAUAACACUAAACACCAGUAGUCACAGAGAAACAUUAGAGACCUCCUACUCAAUGAGAAAUACUCCCAGUAAACGACCUUACUUCAAGUGCAUCCAUGGCAUAUUUCUACGCUAUUUCAUAUUUGCUUCGCUCUCACUAAAAUAUUGUCUCUGGCUAAUAAUUGCUAUUGAUGCGACGAUUGGUUUGGUCGAAGUCAUUGGAAUUAUAUCUUCAGCUUCUACUUAAGCAUAGACUGCACCAUAUAUAAUUAAACACUUACUAAAACUCCUCUUAUUUAUACCUACAAUCAUCUUUGAGGUGCUUGUCAUAAGGCAUUACAAAUUGAUUCAUUCGAAAGUACUAUACGGGCUAAAACUGGCUUCGUCAGCUUGCUUUUAGAUUAUUCACAUAGUGUUUUACAUCUUAAAUUAUUGCCCAAGUACCGAGUCAGAUGGUAUAUAAGAAAUAAAUUAGAAAAAUACUCAUGAGAGCUCAAAAGAUUAUGAUUGUGUGACCGGCUAUACUGUAUUCGUUAUUUUAUCUAGAAUAUAUUAUGACUUUGUGGCUUGCUGGGUUGCUUUAAGUAUCGUACAUUGGGUCAGACGAAAUAAACUUGACAUCAUACUUGGUAUUUAACGUCCCAAAUAAAAUCUUUUUCGAAGAGACACCUCAGGCGAGUAUGAUCAUGAGAAGCAAAAAUUAUACAAUAAAGACUAGCUUGCGAUUCCAACUAAAGGUGAUUUAGAAAGGCAGAAGAAAAUUACUAAAACUGUUGAUCACAUUAAUAAAUAUAGUAUGGGGAAAUCUAAAUCAUAGAAAAAUAAUUUUCGUAGAAUGUACUCUUUGUAAACUUAAUGA